AGAGGCGGAGGGGGGAGGGGAGAGAUAAGAUUUCCGUGCGUGUUCUUCGGAAAGCGUGUACGUAUGUGCGUGUCCGAUAAGCUAUGGGUGUCUAAUUGAUUCGGUACAGCUGCCGCACCAACGGUUUUGUACCAGCAAGAGUGAGAGAGGCGAAGACGGAGUGCGAGAGUGUCAUUCUCAUCCUGUCGAACGUACGAAUGUUUUCGGUGAAACUCGCUCCGACGGCAGACCGCUGUGGCAUAAUAGCGAUGUGCUUGCUUUCCAUCGAGCACGUCCGCCAAGCCAACUUUCACUGCUGGCGAGCACCGACAGAUUAAUCGGCGCUGCGCUUUCCAUUCUCGGCGGAGCUCGUGUGAGAGAUGGAGAAGGGACCGAGCAUAGGAGGAGCAGCGGCGGCAGCCUCCGCACCGCUACCAUCGGCGCCACCAUCCUAUGAGGAGGCGGUCGGGCUGACGAGCGUGGGGCCAAACUCGAUGGACCCGGCACCACCGGGCAUGCCACCCUACCCGAUAGCCGGGGCGUCGAUGCCCAUGCCCAUAUCUGCGCCCUAUGUGGCGCCCUCGGUACAGAUGCCCCAUCCCCAGCAGGUUAGCAACCAGACGCAGGCGCCGGAGGUCCGAGUGGUCGUCCACCAACACGUCAGCCUGACGCUAGGUCCCAACCCCGUGAAGAUGUGCUGCCCCUCGUGCCACGCCGACAUCAAAACCACUACCAUGUCCGACCAUCAACCGAGCGCCCACGUCUGUUGCUUCGUUCUCUGUCUGCUGGGCUGCUGCUUGUGCUCCUGUCUGCCCUAUUGUCUGAGCGCCUUUCUCAGCGUGCACCACUUCUGCCCCAACUGCAAAGUCUACAUCGGCACUUGGAAAGGCUGAUUGGCCUGCUCUAGCUCCUGGACUUGAGCGCAUCGAGUUGCGCGGAAUCUCGCCAGGAGUACGCACUCGACCGCCACAGCGACCUCGCCCUCACUGACGAGUAAUAUAUCUUUCCCACAUUCAUCCUCGACUCGGAUCGAGCCUCGGCAGCUCCGUUAAUCCUAAGACGGAGCCACGUGUACGUGUGCAAUCGUACUACCCGCUUCUGACCCAGCCUUCCCUGUCCUCAAUACUCCCCUAGGCGGGAGAGAUAUUUUUCGAAAUAAGGAGUUUUGUAUUUUAUUACUGUCGUCUCUGCUGCAGUUGCUUCUGAAAAUGGGAACGCGUUAGUUCCUCAUCAGUAUUUUUUUAAAACGUACAAUUAACUAAGACUACUGUUGCAGCGCUUCGUAUCGCGGUUACAUGCUGUUGCGUUAUUCAACGGCCUACCAACUUAUUUCAGUUCCCAAUAAAGAAUUAACAGCCUACGAGCAAUUGCAAUAGCCCAGAGUGAAAAUGUUAAGUAUAUUUUACACAGCAUAUCUAGUCCGUUUCGAUAAGUUCUGCCAAUCCGUUAUGUAAAUGAUUUUAGAAAUGAUUUAGAAACUAUUCUGUAAUCUGGGGCACAGAGAGCGCAUUUAGAUUUAAGUGUUAAUUCGUUUAUCGUACUAUCAUAAGUGACUAUUUGGUGAACAGAACAAACUAUAGUUUUCAUUUGACUUAAUUUUAAAUUUCGUUAAACACCAGACCAACUCGGUUAAUUGCAUUCCAUUUGCCAUUUUUUAAAAGACAAUUACGUUCUGAUUUGAAUAAACAUAUCACCGUGUUUCUUCUCUUCUUGCAUUAAUCUCGAAGUAAAUAUCUAAAUAGUUGUAUAACUUUGGUACAUCGUUUGUAAAACGUUUUUCUUUUAUAUCUUCACUAUUUUGUAAUAUUUUUUUAAAAAGUUUUUAGUUCAACAUUUUUGAUAUAAUUUUACAGAUUGAAAGUUC